CAAAAAGUUGUUUGCCAACCUCCGUAAAAUAUCAGAAGAAGAGGAGGAGGCGGAAGCGGAAGAAAAUUUUGUAACGUAGAAGAAGAGGGCAGAGGCCUGCAGGAAAUUUAAAGAGCAGAAAAAUAACUCUAAUAUUUGGAAGUUUUGUCCAGAGAAGAGGUUGUCAACACCUCUGUGUUUGGGACAUUGCUCAAAAUGCACCACAGUAGCAAUACGAUUGAAUAGAGUUCAAUGUUGUGUUAUUCUGACACUGUCAUACUACCUGACAAUAGUUAACAGACAUGCCGUGGUGCCUAAACACCAAGCGGAAAUAUAAUUUUUAACCAUACAACCCAGGCUUUAUCACAUAGUGAAACCAAAGUGCAUUUGUAUUUUUUUUAUUUUUAUCAGAGAGCCGUUUCUCCUCGUAAACACAGGCUCGAAACGAGCUGUCUUCAUCUAGAUCAUGGUAGAUAAUCGCUAUGCCACAGCUCUGGUCAUCGGCUCGGUGCUGAGCCUGCUGGCCACAGUGUACCUCUCUGUGGCUGUGGGAACUCAGCACUGGUACCAGUACAGCUGUCCACUUGAGGGGAGCAACGCCUCGGAGCUCAGAAAGGAGUUCAUCGAUGGAGAGUUUGAUGAGAAGACUUACAGCGACACCAUGUUCCGCCUGAACGGCACCCUGGGACUGUGGUGGAGGUGCAUCCUGGUGCCCGGCCAGUCACACUGGUUUAAAGAGCCGGAUCCGAAGAUGGAGACGCAGUGUGUGAGCUUCACUCUUCCUCAGCAGUUUAUUCCAAAAUACAAAUUACCUGGAAACAGCGAAGAAGAUCUGUUGAGAACAUACUUGUGGAGGUGCCAGUUUCUCCUGCCUUUGGUGUCUCUGGCUUUGGUGUUCCUCAGCGGUCUUGUUGGGGUCUGUGCCUGCCUGUGCCGCAGCUUCACCCCCACCUUGGGUGUGGGAGUGCUCCAUCUACUUGCAGGUCUGUGCUCUCUGGGAACCGUCUGCUGCUUCCUGGCCGGGGUGGAUUUGCUCCACCAGUAUUCCCCACCACCAGAAGGGGUGGAGGGCUCGCUGGGCUGGUCCCUCUACCUCGCCCUCAUCUCCUUCCCUCUGCAGAUGAUGGCAGCUGCUUUGUUCCUGUGGGCGGCCAGGAGUCACCGCAAAAACUAUACCCGCAUGACUGCUUACAGAGUAGCCUAAAGGGAGACUACUACAACAACGUACCUUAAAACAGCCUACUGGUCUGAAGACUUUCUUAAAAAAAGGUUUCUAGUUAAGAAAGGAUGUAAAUUAAAUGAAGUGACUGUACUGUUUGUAACUUUUCACUUCCUCUGUAACAAUCUUUAAAUAGAAAACAGACCUAAAAGCAGGAAUAAACUAAACCGGUUUGCAGCUAAUCAUCAUAAGUGUUCAUAAAUAGGGUUUUUAAAUACAUGAGUUAUUUCACCUUUGUUUACCCAAAGCAUGUUCUUCAAUGUAUUUUAACACCCAGAUAUUAAGAAUAAUUUGUUAUUUCUGGUGUUAAAUGUGUUCAUGUGCAGUACUUAAAUGCCUUCUUUUCGGUUGCCAUUGCUUCUAAAGCUGCUCACCACAAUGUCACAAAUUUCAGACCUGCAGUUAUCUAAGCCUGGGUAGCUUUCUUUAUUAGUGCAUACAAAAUAUUACACAAACCUAUUUUUUUAUUUUGAUGUGUUUUGUUUGGAUUUAUUUUGCCUUAUGGUAAAUAUUGAGCCUUUGUUGUGCGUGCCUUUUUAAGAUGACAUUUCCAUCUUUGGUAAUUGUUGAUUUCAGCCUGUGGUAUGUGUUGACUAAAUGUCACAAAAUGUCACAAAAAAUGUAACCACUCAUCUCCCAUUGUCACUUGUGUUUAGAAGUCUAAUAUUUAUUAACAGGUAAUUUGAAUAUUUAAAAAAAAAGAAAGAUUUGAUACCACUUGAGCAAACGUAUAACCUCUUUGUAACAUUUAAAUUCUAAUGUUUCAGCCCCAAAUUAUACUACUGCCAUUUUACAUUUGUGAAGUUUCAGUUUAAAGCUUCUUAAAAUGUUUUUCUGGUUGCAGUCAGUUCUCUGAUCCUUCACUUUCAUCAGUUACUUAACUGAUUGGUUUGUCAGCCAAAUAUAGGUUUUGCAUCAGUUAAAGUCUUUUAAAUGUUUGUUGGUGAUACUCCAGAGUCAAAGGGACUCCUAUUACUGCAUACGAUGCAUAACGAUUUAAUUUGCAAAGUCUUCAUUUGCAAGUGAAAAUCCUCAUGAAUUUCCGUUUUUACACUAAACAUUUGUGUGGAAAGUGAAUGAAUUUGUUAACCUUUUUUUGUGUCAAAUUCCAAAAUUACUCAUUUCUUAGCACCAGAAUACAAAUUGUGAUGUUUUUGUGUCACAAUGUUUUGUUACAGGUCUGAUGUGUAUACACUCUGGUUUUUGUAAAUGUUUUUAUGUCUUCGGAAGCACACUGUACAAGUUUCUGUAUUAAUAAAUUAGACAUGUGCCUA